CGGAUACGCAACAACAUGCCUUGAUGCCGUUUUUUUUCUGUAAACUGUGACAAACAAGUUGUGCUGGGAUCUGCUGAGAGGCAGGCAAACAGACAUAACGACGGGGCCGGAGUGCAACAGAAGAGAUUCCCUGGAAAAUAUUUUUAUGUAGAACAUCAGCUCAAGUAUUUGCCCAGUGAACAGCACAAGUCAUGUACCAAGUUGUACCAGGAGGAGCUGGAGGCACAAUUACAGAUGUUAUCCCCAAGCAGAAACACACCAAGGACACUCGACCCUUAGUCGGAGCUGGAGUAAUCGGCCUUGUGCUGGUGAUUGCAGCAGUGACUGCAUGGUGUUAUUACAUAGCCUCUCUACGCAAAGCUGAGCUGCUUAAGACUCAGCUGUUGGAUCUGAAUAAAGAUGGCUACAUUAUCCGCAACAAAGGAGGGUCUAUUGUUUUCAGAAUGGAUUUCAGGUCAGGGACAUUGGAUUUGGAUUCUUGCUCUAAAGAAGGGGAGAUUUUGAGCUGUGGACGCACCACUGACAGAAAACUGAAUUUCUUUAUUGAGACGGUGAGACCCAAAGACACAGUACAAUGCUAUCGUGUGCGUUGGGAGGAACUGGUUCCUGACAUUCCUGUUGAGCAUGCCAUGACAUACAAGUUUGCACACUGGUAUGGUGGUGCAGUGUCAGCAAUUCAGCACUGGCCUAUUUCCAUCUCUGGCCAACAGGCUCCCAAACCUUUUGUUACUAGUGAUAUCUACUCAAACCGCAAUGAAUUUGGUGGAAUUUUGGAGAGUUAUUGGCUUUCAUCCAAUGCUACCGCCAUCAAGAUCAAUAAUUCUGUGCCCUUCCACCUGGGCUGGAAUGACACAGAGAGGACUAUGUACUUCCAGGCGCGAUACAAUGACAGUCCCUUCAAGCCAGACCCAGGGGAGGCUCCGUGUGCUGAACUUAGCUACAGAGUAUGUGUGGGCUUGGAUGUGACAUCCAUACACAAGUACAUGGUCCGCAGAUACUUCAACAAACCAAACAAAGUGCCCGCCAAAGCCAUGUUUCGCCAUCCUAUUUGGUCCACUUGGGCGCUACAUAAGACUGAUAUUGAUCAAGAGAAACUUUUGACGUAUGCUGCCAACAUACGAAAGUAUAAUUUUAACUGCAGCCACCUGGAACUAGAUGACCGCUACACCAGUCGCUAUGGGGAAUUUGAGUUUGACAUAACAAAGUUCCCCAAUGCCUCAGCCAUGUUCCAAAAGCUGAAAUCAGAUGGAUUUCUCAUGUCACUUUGGAUUCACCCUUUUGUUAACUAUGACUCAGAAAACUUCCAUACCUGUGUAAAGAGGGGGCUGUUUGUCCGGGAGCCUACAGGCCGGCUGCCAGCCUUGGUGCGAUGGUGGAAUGGCAUUGGCGGCAUUUUGGACUUCACAAAUCCAGAAGCUCGUGAUUGGUUUUCCUCCCAGCUACGUUCCCUGCGCUCAAAGUAUGGGGUGUCAUCUUUUAAAUUUGACGCAGGUGAGACCAACUACUUACCAUGGAAAUUUAGUACCAGAUAUCCCAUUCGGGACCCAAGUUUUUUCACAAGACGUUACACAGAGAUGGCCAUCCCCUACAAUGAUAGAGCUGAGCUGCGUAGUGGCUACCAAUCUCAGAACAUCUCCUGCUUCUUCAGACCUAUUGACAGGGACUCUGUGUGGGGGUAUGAGUUGGGGCUCAAAUCUCUUAUUCCCACAGUGCUCACCAUCAGCAUUCUCGGCUAUCAGUUUAUUCUGCCUGACAUGAUCGGAGGGAAUGCCUAUCUGAACCGCACAGAUGGAGAUCGUGCAUUGCCUGAUCGAGAACUCUAUAUCCGCUGGCUGGAGCUGUCAGCUUUCAUGCCCUCUAUGCAGUUUUCUAUUCCACCAUGGGAAUAUGACAACGAGGUGGUUGAAAUUGCACGGAAAUACACAGCUCUCCAUCAGAGCAUUGUAGCGCCACGGGUCCUGGAGCUGGCUGGUGAGGUGCUGGACACUGGUGACCCAAUCAUACGGCCCCUGUGGUGGAUUGCCACAGGUGAUGAGACAGCCUAUAAAAUAGACUCCCAGUUCCUGAUUGGGGAUGACCUCAUGGUAGCACCUGUUUUAGAGCCUGGAAAGCAAGAGCGUGAUAUCUACCUUCCAGCUGGCCAUUGGAGAAGCUACAAGGGGGAGAGAUUUGAUAUCAAGGAGCCACUGCACCUCACAGACUAUCCUGUAGACCUGGAUGAAAUUGCUUACUUUGUUUGGGUGUAGCAAGAAGAGAUUGUAAAGCUGAACAGGCUCCAAUCUGCUUGUGAGACAAGCUUUUAUGCUUGACAGACGAGACAUUGGAAAUGGCUGUUUUUUGUGGAGCUUUUUUGCAACAAAAUAUUGAGACUUUUAAAGCAGAUUUAAAUUUUAGCACCGCUUUGCAUAACAAAUGUGAAAUUGUUGUUUAAAAAUGCUUAAAACUUCAUCUUAUUUUUUUUAAUUGUCAUUUCAUUUAAACUAAUUGGUGUUGUAUUUCCUUUGCAUCUUUUGUGGUUUAAUGGAAAGAUAGCUAUGUAAUGUCAUGUAUGAAGUCAUAUAUGAAUUAUUUUUAAAAAAGGGAAUAGGCAAACUGUGAAUUGAAUAAGGCAUAAAUGCUAUAAAGUAUAUAGAAAAUGUGUAUAAAAAUGUAUAUAUAUAAAGUGCUACAGCAAACCUAAAUUUAAGCCAAACAGAUUGUAACAUGGGAGGAUGAUAAAAGUGGUGUCAUUAUUGUCAUAAGGCGGACAGUAGGCUACAUAAAACCCUCUCUAUAUAUAGUAUGUAUAUAUCAAUCAGUUCUCAGUUAAACUGAUCUGUCCUACUUUUCCUUUGACACUGAUGACUCUUCCUCUCUCCUCCGAGUUGCUUUUCAGGAAGUCAGGUUUUAUGCUUCACUUAUCAGGAUGAAUGCUGGAAGUUUAAUCAUUACAUAGUCCAUGUGCUCUCAUUUGUGAAACACAGUGUCAUGUAACUACUCUUAGCCUAGAAGAAGAUGGAUUUUAUUGGGCACUAAAUAUUUUAUGCUCACCCUCAGGUAACAGCUCUCUCAGGCUGUAGAGUGUUCAAAGUGUCUGACAACUAUUUUCAUUGUGCUUUGCUGACUGCAAAUGCAGCUAAAUAACUAACGAUACUGUAAUGUCUAAUGACCACAUCCAAAAUAUGGAGCAUCUCUUAAGGAGGAUUUUUUUUUAAUUUUUGAUUUCUGAAACAUAAUAACCUAAUGUUUUUGUUUCUUUAUAUCUACUUGAUAUGCAAUAUGGAAGUCUAUAAAUGCAGUUAAUUUAGCAGCAUUUAAUUCUCAAAUUAAAUUGUACAGUGUAUUUUGUCAUCAUGUGUUUUGUUAAUGUGAAUAUUAUUUAACUGCAGUGAUAUCUCAACGUGCCAUGUGUUACUACCACAUAAUGUAUUUGAUAUGUUGCUAUGCUAUACAUUUCUUAUUGUUGUUGAUUAUUAUUUAAUGUUAUUGGUGAGUUAACCCUUUAAGGACAGAGUGUACUACAAAUGCCACAGAAUUUCAUCUCCUGUUAACAUGUUAACAUCAUUUUUUUUAAAAAUGUUCCAUGCUGCACAAAAAACCCCACUUUUUCCACAGUUGUAGAUCAAAGUACACAAACUAUAUCAUGUAUCUUGUUAUCUUGAGAUGAAACUGAUAUUGAUCUUCUCAUCAAACUCUGGGAAAGGCAGCAAGCAUAUUUCUUUGAGUGACAUCUCACAAAGUAAAUUCAGUAAAGAAAAUUAUUGGUAACAUGGUCUAGCUAUACCUGGGUUACAAAUUUAAAAAUUAUACCAUUAUGACAUGUUUUUUGUUUGUUUAUUUUGUCGUGAAAUUGGUGAAUUUGAUUGUGGUGCAGUGAAGCCAAUGAGCUCAUAUUUUUUCUUUAAAUCUUUACACAUUUUUGACACAAAAAAGGAUUCUGAAUCCCUUCCUUUAAUUUUAACAUGAAAAUGAAUGUUUAUUUUAUUGCAUCAAAUUAUGUUCACUUUUAAGUUCCUGUGGUUCCUGUGUUAGCAUUUUUAAAAAUAUGUUUAUAUGCAUUUUGAUUGUUUUUGAAGCUGCAAUGGAUAAAUAUUGCGUCCUUGUGAAGUAAGGAUCAGGCGACGUCCACUAAUGGUGCAAUGUUCCAAUUUUUCAAUUUGUUUUAAUGCUGUCUCACCUGGUAGGGAGUUGCAUGCUGACUGUUUGCUUUGACAUGUGGCUUACAUGUUGACCUCAGUGGAUUUUGUUUGUGCCUUUUGACAUAGUUUCAUCAUAACAACAUUACCUAUUUAUAGCAGUUCUCACUCAGCAUCUUGGCCAGGCUAACCUCUAAGGUUAUUCCUGUCUCAGAGGGUCAUGCUCUAUGACAAGACUGAGAGGCUGUAUCUUGGACUGAAUGUUUCUUUGCUUUUGGCUCUUUUGACCCUGUGUGUGCUGCUUCCCUCGAGUUAUUAUAACUGAAGAAUAGCACCAUUUGCAUGUGACUAAAGGGCAGCAUUCAUUUCAGCAAGUAUGUAUAUUUUGUAUGUCGUUUUGUAUGAAUGUAUUAAAAGAAAUCUGGUUUGA